AUGACCGUGGCGGGGGCCGUGGAACUGGAUCAGGAGAUCAGUGUAACUGUAGCACUGGGGACACAGGCCUCAAUACACUGCACAUAUGGAACAGGGUGCUGGGGCUACAUCCACUGGUACCAGAAAAAGGAGGAAGAGAGCUUCAAAAGAAUCCUUGGCGGGAGCCGUGGAACUGGAUCAGAAGAUCAGUGUAACUGUAGCACUGGGGACACCGGCCUCAAUACACUGCACAUAUGGAACAGGGUGCAGGACUACAUCCACUGGUACCAGAAAAAGGAGGAAGAGAGCUUCAAAAGAAUCCUACAAGGACAUGAAAGCAGAGCCAUGGGUCCACAACUUGCUUUUGUCACUGUUCUUUUACACACAGGCUUCACAUCAGGACAAGUGACGCAUCCAAAGAUCUGGACUUUGGCUAGAACUGGAAGAACUGCACGGAUAGACUGUGUGGUUGAUGCCUCUGAUGGCUCUUUCUCUCUAAGCUCUACCGCCUUGCACUGGUAUAAAUGGAAAGAUGGUGAAGCUCCCACACGACUCCUUCAUUUCCCCGCUGGCAGCAACAGUGCUCAGAAAGAGGAAGGCAUGGCAGGCACAAAAAUCACUGCGGACAAAAAGGGGCAAAAGUCAACUCUAACCAUCUCCGCUUCAAGCGCCGCUGACAGAGCCAACUACUGCUGUGCGGUGUGGAGGAGUGAUGACACAUGCUUCACUGUGGGGAACGUAAAAGUCUUUGGAUCAGGCACAAGACUUUAUGUGUCAGAUGAUGCUGUGCGUCAACCUACGGUGAGCGUCUACUCCAGCACCAAAUCUCAAAAAGAGAACACCUUUCUGUGCCAUGCCAGUAAUAUGUUCCCAGACUUGGUCAGAUUCCACUGGAAAGUGUUCAAAGCUGGAAAGUGGGAAAACGUGGUGAAGAAUGACCGCGAGGUGCUGGAGACCAGCUUCUCAGACAAGACAAACACCAGCAUCAUGAUUAUUGACAAGCAGAAGGCCGGUGGCAACCGAUACGCCUGCUCCUACACACACGAAGCCCUCAGGGAAGGAAAAGAGAGCAAGCCUCUGGAGAUAGAGGGAAAGAAAGGAGGACAAACUGAGCCGGUGACAAAACCUCAAGCAAAAACCUUCAAUGUCACAGUCUGCUCAACACCCAACGACACAGCUAUCUCCACGUUACACCAACUAGAUGAGUACUUUGGAGCCGCACGCAGUCUGUAUCUGGCAACAUGGGUGUACACCCUUAUGAUUUUUAAAAGCACGGUGUACUUCUGCGCCAUCUCCUACUUCAUAUGCACAAAGAACAUGAGAAGCAAGCGCUCCCUCAACCGUAGAGCUCCCUGAUACAGCGUGCUGUGGAGCUGAGUGAUGUGCUUAUUCUACAUGCCAUUCUUUGUGACGCUUGUGCCAGGUCAAACUUGGGCGCCGAUCUUUAUCUGAUUCUCCCUUUUCAGCAAAUACUAUUUUCAAAAUGUCUCAAUACAUAUCAGUAUCUAUGCACAUUAUUUCCUCUUUAUUUUCCACCUAUGUUUUUUUUUUUUUUUGUUAUGCUUGAUUACUUUGUUAUGUUUUAAGAUGCACAUAGCAUGAUUUUGUCCUGCUGUAUUUUAUUACUGUCUUAUCUAUAACUUAACAUAUACUGUGUAUUUUCCAUGGCAACUUCUAUUUCAAUUUCCCAAUCAUAGUUUUUUAGAAACAAAUUAUUCUUGUGCUAUGUACUUUUAUUACCAUAGCAAAUAAAGAUUAGGCAAUAUAAGAUUACAUUAAACUGGUUUACAAAUUAUACAAAUUAUUUAAUCACCUGGGUAUA